AUGGAGAACUUUUUCUCAAAGCAGCAAGUGUUUGAUCUCACUAGUGAAAAGAAGCAACAACGAGAGAUGAAUGGAAAGGGACGUAAUUCCCGCGAACCGAAAGGGUUUUCCGAAGUCUGUGAGCCUCACAAUCAGAGUGCAGUGGCCGUUGGAACCCCAGUGCUAUGGAAAACCAUUCCCAGCAGGACGAACCUUUGCCUAAUCUAUCGUUCAGGGCUUCCUCCGUUAUACAUUGCUUCUAUCUUUACAAAUGACGGAACAUCAUCUUCUCAAACUCAUUUGCAACUUGAAAAUGCUGAAUCGUUUCGUUGCCCAUGCCCUUCUGCUUCAUCCAUCAUCAUCUCCGCUUCACCAACAGGCCUCACGUUCGACCAGGCCGUCCCUCUAGCAUUUGAGAACUCUUUGGUUUUACCACUGGCGCGUACCAAGCGGUUGGAUGUGGCAUUCCCACGAUUGUUGCGGUUCUAUCUGGAGCCACCCGUAUCAUAG